AUGUUUCGUUAUUUGAAGCCUUCUAUUUUGAAUACUUCUCUCCGAUGUGGGCAACGCUUCUAUUCCAAGCUCCCUCCUGUUACCAACUAUGAACGUAUUUUACCCAAGCAAACUCCCUUUCCUACACCACAAACUACGAACGACAUUGCUACCCUUACUAUCCGUAACGGUCCCAUUUUCCAUGGAACUUCUUUUGGUGCCAACCGUAACAUCUCUGGUGAAGCUGUCUUUACCACUUCUCCUGUCGGAUAUGUCGAAUCUAUGACCGAUCCUUCCUACAAACAACAGAUUUUGGUCUUUACUCAACCAUUGAUUGGCAAUUAUGGUGUUCCAAGUGGUUCGAAGCGUGAUGAACACGGUCUUCUUCGCCACUUUGAAUCUCCACACAUUCAAUGUGCUGGUGUAGUUGUAAACGACUAUGCUACCAAGUACUCUCACUGGACUGCUGUUGAAUCUCUUGGUGAAUGGUGUGCCCGUGAAGGUGUUGCUGCCAUUUCUGGCGUAGAUACCCGUGCUAUCGUUACUUUCUUGCGUGAACAAGGUAGUAGUCUUGCUAAAAUCAGCAUCGGUGAAGAAUACGAUGCUAAUGACGAUGAAGCUUUCGCUGAUCCCAGUGCCGUCAAUUUGGUUAGUCAAGUUUCUACUCGUGAGCCUUUCUUCAUUAGCGGUGGUGACGGAAUGUUGAAUGUUGCCGUUAUUGACUGUGGUGUCAAGGAAAACAUUCUCCGUUCCCUUGUCAGUCGUGGUGCUAGUGUUACCGUUUUCCCCUAUGAUUACCCUAUCCAAAACAUUGCUAGCAACUACGAUGGUGUUUUCUUAACCAAUGGCCCUGGUGACCCUACUCACCUUACCAAGACUGUCAGCAAUCUUCGUCAAUUAAUGAACACCUACAAUGGACCUAUUAUGGGUAUUUGCAUGGGUCACCAAGUCCUUGCAUUGGCCGCUGGUGCUAAGACUAUUAAGCUCAAGUACGGAAACCGUGGUCAUAACAUUCCUGCUUUCGAUAUUGCUAGUGGUAACUGCCACAUUACUUCCCAAAACCAUGGUUAUGCCGUUGAUAUCGCAUCCCUUCCUGCAGAUUGGAAGUCUACAUGGGUUAAUUUAAAUGACCAAUCUAAUGAAGGUAUUUCCCAUACUACUCGCCCUAUUUCUUCUGUUCAAUUCCAUCCUGAAGCUCGUGGUGGUCCUAUGGAUACCCACUACCUCUUUGAUAACUAUAUGCAAGAGGCGGUUAAAUACCAGAAAUCACGUUUGCCUUAA